AUGAAUACUUCCAGGAUGACACUAGACAACAGCUUCACUAACAGCUCCUUCAACUGCACCACUGACAGCUUCAAGCAAGUCAUUUACCCCAUCACCUAUCUCCUUAUCUUCUUCCUGGGUGCUGUGGGGAACGGCUUCUCCAUUUAUGUUUUCCUCCAGCCUUCACAGAGGAAGAGCUCCGUGACCAUUUACAUGCAGAACCUGGCCGUCUCAGACCUCAUGUUUGUGAGCACCUUGCCCUUCCGGGCCACCUAUUUCCUGCUGGGCUCCCGUUGGGUGUUUGGGGAUCUCCUGUGCCGGGUCAUGACUUACUCCCUGUACGUGAACAUGUACUGCAGCAUCUACUUCCUUACCGUGCUCAGCAUGGUUCGGUUCGCAGCCAUUGUCUACCCAUUCAAGCGCUGGCAAGCAACCCACACCAAGCAGGCCAAGGUAACGUGUGCAGCCAUAUGGGGCUUUGUUCUUGCAGCCUCCAGCCCCCUCUUCUGCAAAGAAAUCGCUGGCUACAAUAACCCAGCCAAGUGCUUGGACCUGCACCCCUCCAGCGCGCAGAGGCUCCUCGUGCUGAACGGCGUUGUCCUCGUCGUGGGCUUCAUUCUGCCCUUCUGCACAAUUAUUGUCUGCUAUGUCUUUGCAAUCAAAGCCUUGCUCAGGUCCAGAGCUCCACAGAACAAGAAGGCAGUCUGCCACAAGAAGGCGCUGUCGACCAUCAUCAUCGCUCUCAUCCUCUUCCUCAUCUGUUUCCUGCCAUACCACGUACUGCGGACCGUCCACCUGACGCGCAGCAGCUGCAGCCAGGCCAACCUGCCCCUGCACAAAGCGCUGGUAGUCACUCUCUGCCUUGCUGCCACGAACAGCUGCCUCAACCCCAUCCUUUACUACUUUGCUGCUGUGAACUUCAAAGCAGAAAUCAGAAGUUUGUACUGCAGGUAG